AAGUAGGAAAAGGUUGUUUGGAUUCCAACACUUUAUGCCGUGUUCAAUCGUCUCCUUUUCCAGGAAACCUGUGUUUCUUACGCUGGUGAGGAGACUUUAUUCCACACAUCCGUUUGCUACUGGGCAAGGCCGUACUCUUCUUCUGUUUGAACAAACUACUACAGACUGCACAAGACAACAUCUCUGGGCUUUCGUCUUCCUGCGGAUUCCACAUUUCUCCAGUCAUUCCUUUUCAUCUUCCUCCCUUUCGCUUUCCUCCAUCACUGGAUCAAAACCGGCCCUCAGACUGAUUCACACAAUCUCUCCCACUCGCUCAGCUCCUUCACAGCAGACCCAGAGUCCAGCACUCAACUCCUCCACACCAGAGCCAGAGUCCAGCACUCAGCUCCUCCACAGCAGACCCAGAGUCCAGCACUCAACUCCUCCACACCAGACCCAGAGUCCAGCACUCAGCUCCUCCACAGCAGACCCAGAGUCCAGCACUCAACUCCUCCACACCAGAGCCAGAGUCCAGCACUCAGCUCCUCCACACCAGAGCCAGAGUCCAGCACUCAACUCCUCCACACCAGAGCCAGAGUCCAGCACUCAACUCCUCCACACCAGAGCCAGAGUCCAGCACUCAGCUCCUCCACACCAGAGCCAGAGUCCAGCACUCAGCUCCUCUACACCAGAGCCAGAGUCCAGCACUCAGCUCCUCUACACCAGAGCCAGAGUCCAGCACUCAACUCCUCUACACCAGAGCCAGAGUCCAGCACUCAGCUCCUCCACACCAGAGCCAGAGUCCAGCACUCAGCUCCUCCACACCAGAGCCAGAGUCCAGCACUCAGCUCCUCCACACCAGAGCCAGAGUCCAGCACUCAGCUCCUCCAUAGCAGACCCAGAGUCCAGCACUCAGCUCCUCCACACCAGAGCCAGAGUCCAGCACUCAGCUCCUCCACACCAGAGCCAGAGUCCAGCACUCCGCUCCUCCAUAGCAGACCCAGAGUCCAGCACUCACAGUCCAGCACUCAGCUCCUCCGCAGCAAGCAUCAUCUUAGAAAAGUUGUAAAGAAGACUGUAUUCAUCCCAUUGCAUUGCAGACUGUAGGCCUGUUGUCACAUGCUGUUGCCAUAUGGCAACAAUUCUACUUAAUUUCACAGUUUGUGUUUCAUUUUUUGCUUGUGUAUAAAUAUUGACAUACACUUUGACAACACUUCAGAAACUAGACCUCACUAUGGAGUGUAUGAAAGCAGAUGCACAGCCUGCAGCAAUAAGACAUGUAUGCAGAUUCAGUUUUCCAAAGGACUUGUAAAAAAAUGAUUUCAAUAUUGCAAUUAUUCCAAAAAUAAAAAAAGUGGUUAUUGCAACAAUAAAGGGUUUUCAUGUCA